AUGUCAUCUCUCGCUGCGCUGGCGCUCGCCGGCGCCGGCGCCUGCGCUCGCGCCGGCGGCGGCCGCGCCCUCGGGCCGAGGCUGCAUGUGCCUCAGCCUCUCGCCGCCGGCUGCGGCGUCGGCCUACCCGAGGCGCAGCGGCACUACCUCUUCUCGGUGAUGCGGCUGCGCGAGGGCGGCCGCGCGCGCCUCUUCAACGCGGACGACGGCGAGUUUGAGGCCGUCGUCGACGCCAUCGGCAAGCGCGAGUGCCGCGUCUCGCUGCUGUCGCGGUUGCGGCCUCCUCCGGCGCCAGAGGAAGGCGGAGGGCCGACGCUGCUGUUCGGCGUGCUCAAGGGCGCCCGACUGCCCACGCUGGUCGAGAAGGCGACCGAGCUCGGCGCCGGAGCCCUCCAGCCGGUCCUGUGCGAGAGGUGCGCCGCCCGCUCUCUCAACCUCGACCGCCUCUCCGCCAUCGCGACAGAGGCGCGGGCGCCGCAGCGGCGGCCGAGCAGAGCGGCCGGCUGA